AUGGGACUGUCGGUGGAGCGGAAGGUGUUGGGUGCGCUGCGCAUCUUUGCCACCGGGAGCUUCCAAGCGUCCGUUGGGAGUGAGGAGCCGAUUCGUGUGUCGCAGUCGACAGUGAGCGAGUGCGUGCGACGGGUGGUAGAGGCUGUUGUGAACGCCGGGGCGCGCAACAAGCGGGUGCAUUUUCCGAAGGCGGCCGAGGAAAAGGCAGCCAUGAAGGAAGGUUUUCUUCGGCGCGGUGCUAUCCCCGGUGUCAUAGGAUGCUUCAACGGCAGCUUCAUCUGCGAUGCGGACAUGAAAAUCUUGGCCGUGGACCUUCUGGGACCGGGGUCGGACCACGACGCUUUCGUCUGGCGGGUGACAUGGCUGCGCCAGCGGUUUAAAGCGGGCCGCAUCGUGAAUACCGGGGAAUACCUCCUCGGUGACAGUGGCUAA